AUGGCCACCAACGCGCAGCGCAUCCAGUUUCUCAUCGCGCAACAGGACGGCUUCACACGCUCCCGCCUGCCCGCGCUCUAUUCCGACUUCCGCAGCCUGCGCACGACCAACCCUGAGGGCUAUGCGGCCAACGUCGCCGCCUGGCGCCGCGCACUCGGCUCGCUCGUUCGUGGCGGCAUGCUCCCGGCAACGGCAGCUGUGCUCGCUCCGUCCAAGUCCAAGGGCACACCCUCGGCAAGCACAGCGUCGACGGCCGCCCGCAGCUUCCUUGUCCUCGCGGCCGGCCAGCCUCUCCUCGACGCCCUGCAGAGCGACCGCUACGGACGGCCGCUGGCUUUGGAUGCCGUUAUCCAGGAGGCCGUGCUGGAGCGUGACCUCGUGCCUCUCGAGGCCUUUUUGCGGGCCAAGGAGAGCAUCUACAACCGGCGGUCGUGGUCCGCAUGGGCCGCGGGCUUGCCGUGGCACGCGGUGUCGUGGGGCCUCCAUCGGCUGGGCGUGAUCGAGGGCAACGGCCAGGUGCAGCAGAAUGUAAAUGCGGCCGCAGCCGGGAACGCAGUGGCCUUCUCAUUGCUUCAGGGCGGCGGCCGUCUUGCGCCCGACCAGCAUGUUGUGCUGGCCAACGUCGAGACGGCGGCUGCCGCGUUUGCCGAUAAAACGGCCGACGCACAGUCACCAUUUGAGCGCGUAUGGUCCGUCGCUCACUUCAAGCGCAUAUUCUCAGCGCCGGGCGCCGUCCUCGCCGAAGACAGCGGUCUCCCGGUCGGGUCGGCCGUGGAGCAGCCGCGCCUCUCGGACAUGGACCUCAAUGUCCUGCUCGCCUUCUUGUCGCGGGACAAGAACCUGGUCGUAUUUGACGGUCACGUCGUCAAGCUGCGCGGGGCAUCGGCCGUCUCUGGCCACGACAACGUCAUCACAGAAGAAGACCGCGCCGUCGCCCAGCUGCGGGAACUGAUCGACUCAUUGACGCAUCAGACGGGCGUCCUCAGCAAACGCAUCGACGACCUCACCGUCACGGCGCGCGACGCGGUGCUGCGCAAGAACCGCGUGGCCGCGCUGGCGGCCCUCAAACAGAAGAAGCAGGCCGAGGGUGCUUUGACGACACGCUUUGCGACGCUCGCCCAGCUCGAAACCACAGCGAGCCAGAUCGAGCAGGCCUCGGGCCAGGUCCAGGUCGUCCAGGCCAUGGCCGCCAGUGCCGACGCUCUCAAGUCGCUCAAUGCACAGGUCGGCGGCGCCGAGGGCGUCGAGGACGUCGUGGAUCGCCUGCGCGACCAGAUGGAUGCCGCCGAUGAGAUCAACCGCAUCCUGGUCGACCCGACGUCGGCAAAUGGCAUGGUCGUCGACGAGGGCGAGAUUGACGACGAGCUGGCGGCGCUCGAAAAGGAGGAGCAGCAGGCGUCCGAAGAAGCCGAGCAGAAGGGCAAGGAGGAGGCCCAAAAGGCAGAAGCCGAAGUGACCCGGCGACAACUGGAGGCUGCCGGCGCUGUCCCCGACAACGUGCGCCAAGAGGCUCCAAAAACUCAAGAAGAGCUGGAAGAAGAGACCACCAAGAGCCUGCGCAAUCUGUCGCUCAAGUCCGAAGAGCCGCUGCCGGCAAACUGA